AUGGAUACUCAGAGAGAUCUGCAAGGUCCGAUGGGUUCAGAGCUCUCAGAAAUACGAGUGAAGUUGGAGUUUGCCACUGUGAUGCCCCAUGAGCCUUUGAGUCAGGCCUCUUUCAAUACUUUGCCCCUUUCUGAAGGGGUCUCAGGGCAGGAAUCCCCUCUGUCCCUCUCACUUCUGCCAGAGAAUGAAGAUAGUGGUGGCAUAGAUCCGCAGUCAUCCAUCACGGUUAAAUCAGAGCGGUGUGAUGAACUUCUAGUAACUGAUCAAGAGCCGUCAUCUGUUCAGCGUGACCUUGAAUCCUUUCAAGGGGUCUUACGAAGGCAAAGGAGAAAACGCCAGGAUGCAUUAUGCAAGAUUUGGGGCAAGCCUUUCAGGAACACAGGAAGUUUGCAGAAUCACAUGUUAGUACACCAGAAUGAGAGACCUUUCUGCUGUGGAUUGUGUGGGAGUCAUUUUAAAUCCAAAUACACCUUGAAAGAACACGGGAGAAUCCAUAAAGGUGAUUAUCGCUACAGCUGCCCGAAGUGUGGAAGGGGUUUUUCUCGAUCAAAUCAUGUCAGAGAUCACCUUAAGGCAGCUCGCUGUUAUCACUCUUCAUCCUCCAGAAAAUAA